AUGGACUCUCCAGACACGAAGGGGUCUCAAGGGCGGCUAUACUCGCCUUCAAUUGUCUCUUCAUCUACUGUAAACAGGUCUUCUUUUGAUGAAAGACUGAAAACCAGAUUUAGUGUCGUUUCAAUUGAAGAAAACGUACUCAAGAAUGGUUCUAGCUCUCCGAUUAAAGAUGAUGAUAAUGAGCCGAUAAAAUGGAUCAAGUUGAAGAAGCUGUCGGCCCAUUUUACGCAUGCUACCAGAAUCGAACAUGGAGCCCCAAUCUCAAUGGCUACUGGAUCUCAAAUUUGCAUAGGAACCUCCAAGGGAUUCGUACUUAUCUUUGACUACAAACAGGAAUUGCGAACGAUAUUGAAAAGUGCCACAACGUAUGAUCCGAUUACGGUUCUCACAUUAUCCGCAGACUCUACACACGUUGCGUCAGGUCACCAAAGUGGAGAUAUCUAUUUAUGGGAAAUUAGUAAAUCUGUACCUAUACUGAAAAUCCCUGCUAUUCCUAAAGAGGACCUGCUGAAGAAUCCGAAAGCUAAUGGUCAUUUGCAUAACACUCCUAUUCACAAUUUGUACUUCAUGGGAAAGCGAAGAACGGCACUUUUGUCCACUGACAUAACGGGAAUCAUGGUCCAGCACAACGGCUAUAGAAAUAUCAGGGGUCUUCGAGUUCAAACAAAAAAUGUACUGGGAAAAUACCACAUGAAUAAUAACAAAAUUACCGACUCUACGAUUCUUUCAUUUGCUCCUUUGGCUCUGGGUACUGCCAUGGACCGUACUGAUAAUAUUGGAGUUAUUGCAUUGAUGACUUCUAAUGUACUUCUCGUCAUCUCAACUAAUCCAUCACUUCAAACUCAUUUCAAAGUCGGAAAACCCAAAUCUAUGAACAAGCGUCUUCCAAUUACUGGUAGUUUAGCUUGGUUUCCUGCUGUAAAGACAGAAAAUGGCAAGAGACAGCCCAAACUUGCGUAUUGUUGGUCCAAUGUCUUGACAGUCCUGGAUUGUAAUAACGAGUCAAUCAAGGACUCCCAAGAUCAAGAAUCUUUGAUUUUGAAGCUAGAAAAUAAAAAAAGAUGGGCCGGAAGGGAAGCCAUUAUCAGUGUUUCCUGGCUUACUAAAGACAUUAUUGCAUUGAUAACAGAAUCUCACAGGCUUCUUUUGAUCAAUUACGACACGAUGACAGUCUCGUCCAUUAUUGACCUUUUCACUAAAAGCAUCCAUGUUACUCAGUUGUUCAAGCCAACCACUGAAAUAGACAGGCUUACUCCAUUCAUGUACCAUUGUGUUUUCAAAGUCUAUAAGCAUAGACUUUUCAUUUUGGGAAAGCAUGACAUAUACAUUGGAACAUUAAACAACUGGGCCGAUAGACUGUUGGAAUUGCUUUCAAAAGGUGACUAUUUGGAAGCAUUGACGAAAGCAAAAGACUAUUACGAUGGAAAUUGUGAUUUGAACCUAUUAAGGUUGCCAAAAGAUGACAAUCGACGUCACCUCGUUGUUUCCAGUCAUAUUUUACAGAUAAUGACCGCUUCAUUGGACUUUAUAUUCUCCAAAAAACAACUUCAAGACGAAGCAUUUUUGGAAUUGUUUCUAGAGAAUUGCAUAAACUGUUCGAUUACCAUCGAUGUUGAUCAGUCAACUUACGAUCAAUUCUAUGAAGCUUAUAUGAUCCACGGGUACGAGUACCUUUUUUUCAAUACGUUAGAGCCGUUCAUUUUGAACAAUAAGAUCCAUACACUUACUCCUUCAAUUUUGAAGGCAAUGAUCCCAUUUUAUCUUAAGAUGAAUAGGGGCGAAAGAGUUGAACAAUUAGUCUGCUUAUUGGACAUCGAACAGUUAGAUAUUGAUGCUACCGUUCAACUCUGUGAAGAAUACAAGCUUCAGGAUUUGCUGAUAUACGUAACAAACUAUCUUUUCCAAGACUAUAUUACACCUCUUGUGAACUUUAUUAAGAAAAUCAUCCAGAUCUCCAAUGAAGCGGCCAACCUGUCUGUUCUUGAAUUGGAAAGUCUUUCUGCUGAGGCACGGUCGGUCUACGGUUAUAUCACUUACAUUCUGACCGGGAGACAUUAUCCAAUUGAACGACUCAUUGAUUUUGACAAGGAAACACAGGCUAAGUCAAGUGUCUACUAUGUUCUGUUCAAUGGUACUUCGAUUGAGUGGCCCAAGGGUGCGGGAAAACUUCACAUUACAAAUGAUUUGGAACAUGAGCCGGCUUUUCCCUACCUCUACCUUCUUUUAAAGUACGAUUGUUUUUCAAUGUUAUCGGCUUUGAAUGAAGUGUUUGAAGACUCUCAGUUGAAUGACGAAGAUAUCAACUACUCAUUCUCUAAUGAUCUUCAAAAUUGGAAAGUCAGCAGACAAUAUGUCGUCGACGUUCUCCUUGGUGUUUUCAACGACAAUGACUUUAAGGACCAAGAAAAUACACUUCUCGCAAUAUUUAUAGCCAGAAAUUAUCCCAAAUACAAACAGUUUAUCAGGCUCUCAGAAUCUGUUUUACACGAAGUGUUAACAAAAUUGUGUAUAAUACCAGAUCCCUCAUUGAAGAAAGAAUGUGAAUUGAGUCUCCAAAGUUUGCUGUCAGUAUACCACAUUCCCAAUUUGAAUGAGUGGAUCAGCGUGUUUGAAGAAUGUGGUUUUUUUAACGUGCUUUUCAAUGUCUACAAAUAUGAGCACAAAUAUGAUACAUUUUUGAAGCUGUGGCUCCAAGAGAAGCAAAAACAAGCUUUGCAAGAUGUCGGCGAUGAUUCAGAUGAAUCAUAUAAUGAUAUUGGCACCCUUGUUGAAACCUUAGAGAAUUGCUUUGAGUCAGUCGGUAAGAAUUCCCAAGAGAAGGCAGGUAUUGAGACCUUUCUUUCUGAGAAUUUUGAAGCACUGUUUUCCAUUGAAAAGCCCAGUAAUAUUGUUAGAGUUCUCAACAAGUACUGCCCAAAACUACAUUACAAUAUUUUGCGAAGUUCAAACGAAGAACUACAGUACGAGUAUAUAUCGGCAAUGGUUGAACAAGAAAAAUGCUCGUAUGGAUCAGUGGUCUACAUAGAGUUUAGAACACUUUAUGUUAAGCUUCUCUGUGAGUUUGAUCAGGAGGCUUUGCUGGAAUUUAUAAAAAAAAUUGAAGUUUCUACAAUAGAUGCUAUUGCUGCUGAAUCCUAUUUGACAAAGUUUCAUCAAAUAGAGGCCCUAGUUUUACUUUUGGAGAAAGAAAGAAAGCAGCGAGAAGCCUUACAGAUUUUAAUUCAGCAUAUAUCUACGUUGGGUCAACAACUUCAGCUAGAAAACACAAAAAGCGAUGUACAUAGAAUCGAAGGUCAAUUGUGGAAAUUUUUGAUGAUGGUUAUAGAAAUACUGAAAAUUGAGAAUGACGAAGAGCUAAUGGUUCAGGUUAUGGAAAUGCCUGUUGCAUUAUUCAAUAGUUUUACAGAAGGCGGAAAUGACAGUAAAGAAACCACCAAUAUCCUGAAGCGAUUUGUCCAAGAUACUUUUAUGAAUAUUAUAGGAAUUUACCAAUCCACCACUGCUCCGGAAAAUGUCAAAAGUACAUUUGUGGACGUAUUCUCUUCGUUCCUUCAAAGAGCUUCUUCCAAGAUUACCACACUUGGCGAUGUAAGAGCUGUGCUAAGGGAAAUAUUCAUUGUUUACGGCUUUGAGAAGGUAAUCUUGAACAUCACCCUGGGCCUAAUCAAUGAGGAUAUCUAUAAGGUGAUGGAGAAGCUACACAGUAAGAAGUACUUAGGCUGGACAACUGGUGUUACCGAUUGUGUAAUUUGUGGUAAAAAGCUUUGGGGAUCUUCCAUGCCUAAUGAAGUGUACUCUAUGUGGGAAGAAGGAAUAUUGGAAGACGAUCAAAGUGCUAAGAAGACCUCCUUUUUUAUCAAUGAUGAAGGUGAGCUCAUGACCAAUUCAACUGUGAAUGGAGCCAUGCAAAUUGAACCCGUACAAUUGAACGAUUACAGUCCUUACGAACUUGUCGUUUUCCGUUGUCGCCAUGGAUAUCACAGUAAAUGUCUUUUCAAUUUAGGAACGCAGAAGAAGAUCAAGUGUAUUAUAUGUGCAGCCGACGAUGCUCAAUAG